ACUCAGGUGAGGGGCGUAUCUCAUCUCAAAACAAAGCUAUCUGAAAGCUGAAGUAACUCUGAAGUAACUCUGCGGAUCAGGGCUACACUUAUCUUGCAGCUACUAGUCCCUGGCCGCCCCAGGGCAGGUCAGGAAGGUCAGGACAAUGGCAACAAGUCAUGAUCUGGGUAGGCAACUCUAUGAGGCUUCCCGUGGUGGUCGUGUGGACGAGGUGGAGAGGCUGCUGGCUAGAGGAGCUCCUGUCAACUGGAGGAACAGUUGGGGAUUGACCGCUCUCCAUUGGGCAUGCGUCAACAACCACCCUGAUGUAGUGAAGAUACUCACACAGCAAGAUGGCAUCGAUGUCAAUGCACAGGAUACUUGGAAGUACACUCCCCUGCACUGGGCCUGCUACUGUGGACACCUGAAGUGUGUCCAGUUACUGAUGGCAACUGGACAGUGUGACCUAGGAGCUGUGACCAGUGAUGGACUAACUCCACUGGGACUGGCAGUCAGUGAGGGGAAGCUGGACACUAUCAAGUGCCUCAUCACAGAGUACAAUGUUGAUGUCAAUGGAGCUGUGACCAGUGAUGGACUAACUCCACUGGGACUGGCAGUCAGUAAGGGGAAGCUGGACACUAUCAAGUACCUCAUCACAGAGUACAAUGUUGAUGUCAAUGGAGCUGUGACCAGGGAUGGACUAACUCCACUGGGACUGGCAGUCAGUAGGGGACACCUGGACACUAUCAAGUACCUCAUCAUGAAAUGCAAUGCGGCUGUUAAUGAUUCUGCACUAGUAGUUCGUAUCCUAGAGCGGACACUGAAAUAUGAAGGUGAUGUAACCACCAAAGUUGACGAGAACAAUCGACUUCUCUUGGCUUGCAAGUUUGGGUACGCAACAAUUGUUCGAUAUCUGAUCAAUGAGUGCAAUGUGGAUAUCAAUGGCGCUGUGACCAGUGAUGGACUAACUCCACUGGGAGUGGCAGUCAGAGAGGGGCACCUGGACACUAUCAAGUACCUCAUCAUGGAGCACAACGUGGCUGUCAAUGAUGGUGUACUAUUGUUAGCAUGCAAGGAAUCAGACACGGAAUUUGUUGAGUAUCUUCUAAAUGUCGCUGGCUGUGAUCCCAAUAUCAAAGGUGACGAUGGACAGACACCACUCUUUCAUGCAGGGAACAAGGAAAUCAUUCUACUCUUGUUGCAACACGGAGCUACUGCCGAAAAUGCAUAUUCCCAGCAUCGCAAAGCUCUUGGUAAAGUGUUUUCAAAGGAUCCGCUGAAAAAUCCAGUGAAGAUACUUGUUAUCGGUCACGGUGGAGAAGGAAAGAGCACUCUCAUUGAAGCAAUGGAACACGAGCCAACUGCACUCACAUCUCUAGUCAACAUCUUCGUCUCUCCUAAAGAAGUCGAUGGAGUCAGCCAGAAAACAGCCGGAAUCAUCCCUCGAUUAUUCAAGAGCCGUGUCUUUGGAGAUGUGUUGGUCUAUGACUUUGCUGGUCAAGAGGUCUACUACAGCAGUCACGCUGCCAUUAUCAAGUCAGCAGUUGAUGCAUGUCGGCCCAUUAUUGUCCUAGUCCUAGGGCUCCAUAAAGAUGACACCUACACCACUCACUCUGCCUCCUAUUGGUUGGGCAUCAUUGCCAACCAGUGUGCCAAUAUGGAGGGCAAAGCACCACUCAUUGUAGUAGGUAGCCAUGCUGAUUGCUUAACCGAUAAACGGAAGAUUGCGAAGAAAGAAGAGAUUGUUUUGCAAGCUGUUUCGAGAUAUCCGACCCUGGAUCUGCUGAAGUUCAUUCCCAUGGAUAAUCGCUACUCCAACUCUAGUGGCAUGAAGAUACUGCGAGCCACUGUCGGCCCUGCUUGCACCAGUAUUCGAUCAACGUUGGCUGUUUCUUUAAAUGCACACAUGUUUCUCAUUUACCUUGUUGGCAAGAAUGAGAUUGCCUUAUCACUGGAGCAAGUUCAGCAAAAAAUAAAAGAGGAAUCCAGUCAAGCCCUCUCCAAGAAGCACAAAGAAGUUGUACCAUUCAUUCCGACAACCAUUCCUCGUCUUGUUGAAAUCUGUGUUCAGCUCAAUGACAAAGGUCACAUCCUCUUCCUACACAACACCAGCUCACCAGAAAAGAGCUUCAUUGUCAUCAAGAAAGAAGAGCUCCUAGGUAAAAUUAAUGGUUCCAUAUUUGCUCCAAAAGAUUUUGAUCAGCACUGUCAACUCUCCACCAGUACCGGUGUUGUACCUUGUUCCAAGCUGGCUGCUCACUUUUUUGACUUGGACACUAACAUGCUCACUGGAUUCUUGAUUAAUCUAGAGUUUGCUGUGCCCAUUGAAGACCCGGAAGUCCUUCGUCUUAUUGAUGAUCAGCAUCGAACAGGCGAUUAUGAAUCCGUAUCACCUGACGAGAAAUAUCUCUUCUGUCCUGCCCUCAUCCGGUUAGAAGUUGACACGAAAGUGUUCAAGCAUCGCAAUGACCUUGCUUAUCAUUUUGGUUGGGUGAUGUCAUGCUCUCACAAGAACGAGUUUCUAGACGCUCGAUUUCUCCACGUUCUUCUGCUUCGAUUAUCCCUCUCGCUUGGUCAUGCUCCGGUGAUCAAAGCUCAUAUCCCCUCUCUACAAUACCACUGCUCGGUCUGGAAGACUGGUGUUUGCUGGGGCACUGAUAAUGGUGACAAAGUUCUAGUGGAGGUCAUUGACAAGAAGAAAGUGGUUGUUUUGAUUCAAGCACACCAUCUCUCACUGGAUCUCUUCAAGCUGCGCUCUACUGUGAUGAAGAAAGUUGUUGACACCUCCACUGAGUUAUGCUCUACUGUAGUCACUGAGGAGGCCCUCCUUCCUCCUCACAGUGUGACCUACCCUCUGGAAGAUACACACAUUUUUGAUAUAAAGUCCCUCGCUAAAAGCGUAUGCAACCAAAAAAUGUUUGUCGUAUCAACUGAAACUGCAAAGACCUUGCGAUUGAGUGAUCUGCUCCAAGCUGAAGUGUACGCUGAUCUCGGUGAGAAUAUUCUACAGCUUCUGUUCAAUCCAGCACACAAAGAACUUUCUGCUCGAUUCAUCUCGGCCCUUGCAACUUGUUUGAACAAGAAUCCUCGACUGGCUGAUAUCGUACGUACAGCUAUUACUGAGAAUGCCAGCGCUGCAUUUCAAGAGUGCAAUAAUCUCGAUGAAGUUCUAAAAGUCUGGAAAAGCACCGGAGAUUCCAGUGAUAAAGCACUGAGAAGAAUUCUGGAUCCACUUAGUGUGUUUGCUGGACGAAACCCUCUCGAACUGGCUGGUGUUGCUGCUAAGGAGAUUAGUGAAUCAGAUGAUCUACUACCAGCCCCCAGACCAUCAGCAAACUGUCCAAGCACAGGUACUUCUGAAUCCUCUCUUCCUGUGGUGGCUGGAGCAGCUCCAACCAUUGAGGACUGGUCAGUGAGUGAGGGGACUCAAGUCAGAGAAGCAGUCACCCAAACCCCACACACUGAAGGUGAAUCAGUGGUGAGUGGUCUAACACUGGCUGCUCUAAAGAGGAGUACCGGAGUCAGUGACACACAGCUGGACACUGAGGUCAUAGAACACGAUCUGUACAACUUGGCUGCCUGUUUUGAUAAUGUAGACACCUACCUUCUCAAGCUGGAACUGCCUCCUGGCCAACAAACUGACAUCAAAGACCUUGCUUUCCGACUGUCUACUCAAAUAGCCAUGGCUGAAGCUUUGAAGCUGUGGCGUGCCCCCAACCCUCUUGUUGCCACGUUCCGAGCUCUGUUGAUCAUCUUACUGGAUCUCAAGAGAGGAGACGUGGCUGUUAAGGUGUGUCAGUACAUUGUCGACAGAGUACCACAAUAAUUAUGGACACUCAACACUUUCCUAGUAUAGUCUCUGCUGUGUGUUUAAUACCACACUCACACAAUAUCCUUUAAUCUUGUUCACAUGCACCUUCUAGUUUUUGUACUCAUGCACUAAGUCUUAUAUUUACAGAUUAUUAUGCACACAGUUGUAUAGUUAAUUAACAUCACUAUGAUUGUAAUUUCAAUUUUUAGUAAUAAAAAGUGAUUUCUUGGCAAA